CUGAGUAAGCAAUCGAGCUGAAAGUCAAAGCGAAGCGAGUGUGUUUGUAUUCAUUUCGCAGCAAAGUAGUCGUGGUUUGAGAAUUUUUACUGACGAAAGGCUGUGUUUCAAAGUCUACAAAAUCUGCUGAAGCCAUUUAAUGACAGCAUGACUUGGUUUGUCGUAACAUUACCCGAUUCAACAACUCUGGAGUUUGAGUUAGCUGACAGAUGUAAAGGGCAACAUUUGCUCGAUGCCGUUUGUAAUAAGCUCGAAGUCAUCGAACAAGAUUACUUUGGCCUCCAAUACAACGGUCCAAAGGGGGAAAAGUUAUGGUUGAAUCGAAGAAAUAAGAUAGUUCGUCAGCUUACAGGUUCGCAACCGUAUCGCUUGCGUUUUCGUAUGAAAUUUUUUGUCCAACCACAUCUCAUCGUCGAAGAUAAUACAAGGCAUUACUGCUUCCUCACAUGCAAAAAGGACUUCGAAGAAGAUCUAUCAUUAUCUAAUCACGAAGAAGCAGCGAAUCUAAAUGCGCUCAUAUUGCGAGCAACGUCUGGAGAUCACUUUGGACGACAUUGGCUUUUACGGCAUGCACAUCGCUUGAAAUGGUCGCCGGAAUUCACUAAGACAGUCGAUGAACUGUAUUCCAAACAUGAGAAAAUGAAGGCCAUCACAGCCGAGUACAAUUGUCUAAAAAUCUUCUUUUCCAUGGAAGGAUUUGGUUAUGAGUAUCAUAACGUCAAAACGGAGGACAAUACUGUUCAUUAUGUCGGAGUUGGCCGCAACGGAAUAAGAUUUUGCGAUGAAAGUGGGUCAGUCAUAAGAAGGGUAAACUAUGCAGCUCUAAACAAAGCUUGGAAGGUAAAUAAUCGUUCUUUUGUGCUCGUCAUCAUGAAUGACAACGGUUCGUUGCAAGAAUAUGAUCUGCGUCUCAACACUCCAGAAGCCUGCAUCCAGCUAUUUCGAUCAGUUACAGAAUGUCAUUCAUUCUUCGGAUGUGAGACCGUAAACUCGACUGUAAAGAAUCAAUUCACCAGAGACUUUAAGGAAGCCCUUAUUUCGUUUUUCUCCGAAGAAACAUCAGAAAAACUAUACACAUUUGAUGUAGAAAGGACAGUAACAGAAGUUCAUGAUCACAUGAGACGGGUUAUUUACAAAGAACAACAGCAAGCCUUAUCAGAUUUGAAAGAGUUACCAAACACAACAGCUUGCGACGAAACGGAUAUUCCUGCUUGCACAAACAAACAGUGCAAUGAUGAAUUACAACAGAAGCUGCAAAACAUUCAUCAUACUUUCUUAUGUAAGAUCUGCAUGGAUGCAAAGAUCGAUACAGUCCUUAUACCCUGUGGACAUUGGGUUUGCUGCAGCACAUGCAGUCGCAAUAUAGAAAAAUGCCCAUUGUGCAGAUCAAACAUCACGAUGCGGCAAAGAGUUUAUAUGGACUUGCCAGAGAUCUAUGAUCAUACGUCAAGUAAGGAAGUUGAUAUGGCUCCUAAAGAACCGAGUUUUGAUCUACAUGAUCGCAAAGAAAUAUCAACUUGAUAUGGACAUACAAUCAAGUCCAAAUGUGGAUAUUCAAGUUCAUCUCUGUGAAGAUAGUCUAUUGAAAAGACGCAUCUAAUUAUUAUACGUAGAGGCAUUUAGAAAUGACCAUAAAACACUAACCAUAUGCUAUUGUGCAUUGGAAAUGGAUUUUAGCUAAUCUCUAAAUGCCCUUUUUAGGAAUACUAAUAGAAAACAACCAGAAAACUAGAAAAGGAUUUUUUAUUCACCGUAGAACAAAAUUUCAAAAGUUAAUUCAGCUUAGGAGAAUAGUUACAAAAUUUACUACUUGUUCGUUAUACGUUUUACAUUCCGAUGUUUCUUACAUAAUUGUAAAUAGAAAUGGGUUAUUGGCACUGGGUAGUAAAGUAAAGAGGAAAUUAAAACAACUGUUUUAUAUGACAUUCAAGAGAAA